AUGGGAAAAAUCCCACGUUCAUUGCGUUCUGCAAUUCCAUCAACAUCAUUCAUCAAGAAAGCACCUUCUAUCCCAACAGAAAUCCCAAAUCCACAACAGCAGCAACAACCCCAUUACUUUCCCAAGAAACCCUCCAAGAGAAAUUCCCAACUUUCCAAGAAACCCCAAGAAACUCAAACCCCACAACCCCACAGAUCACCCUUUAAAACUCCAUCUCUAAAUGAAGCAAAAAAGCUAUUCAAUUCCUUCAUAUCAACUACCAAAUCCCUACAAAUGGACGGCCUUCGUUUGCACAACUCUUUCCUUAAAUCCUACACUUCUAUCUCCACCCUUGACGAUUCCAUUUCUCUCCUUAAUCACAUGAUCAAGUCCCUCCCUUCUUUAUCACCUGACCGAUCCACUUACCAUGUUUUGCUUUCGCAGUCUUGCAAAGAACCUGAUAGUUCACUAUCCUCUGCUCAGAAAGUUUUGAACUUGAUGGUUAAUAAUGGGUUUGAGCCUAAUCAAGUUACUGUUGAUGUUGCUGUUAGGUCUUUGUGUUCUGUUGGGAAAGUAGAAGAUGCUGUUUUAUUGGUAAAGGAAUUUUCUUCCAAGCACUCAAAGCCUGAUACUUUUACUUAUAAUUUUCUUGUCAAGUGUUUAUGUAAGAGUAGGAUUUUGAAUAAUGUUUAUAGUUUUAUCGAUGAAAUGAAGAAUAGUUUUGAUAUAAAUCCUGAUCUUGUAACUUAUACUAUAUUGAUUGAUAAUGUUUGUAAUGCAAAAAAUAUUCGUGAGGCGGAUAGAUUGGUGGGUGUGUUAAAGGAAUGUGGGCUAAAGCCGGAUGCCUUUGUUUACAAUACGAUCAUGAAAGGUUAUUGUAUGUUGAAUAAAGGGAUUGAGGCUGUUAGGAUUUAUAAGCAAAUGAAAGAGGAAGGAGUGGAGCCUGACCUUGUUACGUAUAAUACAUUGAUUUUUGGGUUGUCGAAGUGUGGGAGAGUCAUUGAAGCUAAGAAAUUUUUGAAAGUUAUGGUGGAAUCAGGUCAGUUUCCUGAUGCGGUUACAUACACUUCAUUGAUGAAUGGGAUGUGUAGAGAAGGGGAUGUGUUGGGUGCAAUGGCAUUGUUGGGGGAGAUGGAAUUGGAAGGAUGUAGUCCAAAUUCGUGUACCUAUAAUACGUUGCUUCAUGGGUUUUGCAAAGGGAGAAUGUUGAAUAAGGGGAUUGAAUUGUAUGAGUUGAUGAAAAAGGGUGGUAUGCAGCUUGAGGCAGCUUCUUAUGCUACGUUUGUGAGGGCUCUUUGCAGGGAGGGUAGAGUUGCAGAAGCUUACGAGGUGUUUGAUUAUGCAGUAGAGAGUAAGAGUUUAACUGAUGUUGCUGCUUACACUACAUUGGAGAGUACGCUGAAGUGGUUGAAGAAAGCUAGAGAGCAAGGCCUUGCAGUCUAUUGUUGGUGGGAGAUAUCAACCAGAUUUCAUUGGCCAACUAAAAAACACCAAACAGAAUACAAGCCUCUAAUGGCUACAAAUGGUGGUUUUGGCGAAACCAGGAGAGCUAUGGCUGCUUGA